AUGGGGAAAACGGCGUACACAAUAAACGGUGCUUCGCCGGGAAUGAAUGGCCGUGGCAAUGAGAAAAAGGAACGCUCGGACGCAGACAAAAUGACCCUGGAAGAGGCCAAACAGCCCGAGGUUAGCACGUUUCGGCGCAUCUUGCCGCAGAUACUGGCCAGUACGGCCAAAAACUUUCUCCUGCUCGAUCUUGGCAUGGCGGUAGCGUUCCCAACGAUUGUGAUACCGGCACUUCGGGGUAUUAAGAACCGUGCACCCGAUGAAUUUCUUCACUUUACUCCCCAACAGGCAUCAUGGUUCGGAAGCAUAGCGUAUAUUUGCCAACCUGUGGGAAGUGUCCUGUCGGGGAUCAUCCUUGAGCCACUAGGACGAAAGCGAUCCAUGAUCCUGGUUAACAUUCCGCACAUCAUAGGUUGGUUUAUGCUGCAUUUCGCUGGAUCCUUGGAAGAGAUGUACACGGCGGCCAUCCUUCUUGGCCUGGGUGUUGGUUUCAUGGAAGCACCAAUCGUAACUUACGUUGGGGAGAUUUGUCAACCUUCCAUCCGUGGCAUCUUAACAUCGUGCGCUGGUGUGGCUGUGAUGCUUGGAUUUUUCAUGGUGUACCUACUGGGAACUGUGACCACUUGGCGAACGACCGCAGCGAUCUGCGCCGCGAUCCCCAUCGCGACAAUGAUUGCAAUCUGCUUUGUACCGGAAACACCCAUGUGGCUGCUCUCGAAAGAUCGAGCGGAUGACGCACUCAAAUCACUCCAAUGGCUGCGCGGUUGGGUAUCGCCGAAAGCAGUAGAGCAAGAGUUUCAGGAAAUGAAAAGAUACAGUCUAAACUCUGCCAAGUGUGCCACGUGCGCGAAAACCAACGCGUCCACAUGUCAACAUCCCCCGCUGACCGAGUGGAUGAAACUGAAGGAGCUUACACGUAAGCGCAACCUCCGACCAUUCGUUCUCGUGAUGCUUUUCUUCGUCUUCGGCCAGCUAAGUGGACUGACGGGCAUGAGGCCGUAUCUCGUGCAGAUAUUCCAGGCCUACGGUGUACCGCUGGAUGCAAACUGGGCCACCGUUUCGACGGGCCUGCUAGGCUUGCUAGCAAACAUAGUGUGUAUGGUGAGCAUUAAAUUCGUCGGAAAACGGCGCCUUGCACUCACCUCAAUGGCCGUGACGGCUCUGUCCUGCAUCUCGCUCGCAAUCUAUGCGUUCAAUACCUUCCCACCGGGUUGGACUUCGUUCGACGUUCACUCGGGGACCAGUCAUGUCACUAGCAUGGGUUACAUACCGAUGGUGUUCUUUUUCAUGCUGGCCUUUUUCACCAGCGUGGGUGUGCUGCCUGUUCCCUGGAUUCUGCUGAGUGAAGUUUUCCCAUUCAGGAAUAGGAGCCUGGCAUGUGGAAUUACGGCUGCCCUGCACUACGUAAUGUCGUUCGUUACGACGAAGACGUACUUCAAUCUGGAAAGUGCUCUCUCUCUACCCGGUGUGAUAUUAUUUUACGGUGUGAUGGGAGUGAUUGGAUUAUUUUUCGUGUACUUUUUCCUCCCGGAGACGGAGAAGCGUACCCUCGAGGACAUUGAGCUCUACUUCUCCGACAACAAGCGCAAGCUGACUGAUAUUUACAUUCCGAGGAGAAAUAGGGACGUGGAAGCGGUGGCAGUUAUUUCAACGUUGGGCGAGAAGACACACGAAAAAGAAGGCAUAGACAACACUGCCUUCACGGAUUGCAACAAGUAGUCGGCAUGAGUUGUAUUUAUAAGCUAAAUUUUAUCGCCAUCACACUCCGAGGUCGAUACAGACGAGGAGAAUAGAUUCGACGGGACCGACGUUAACGCUGCUCAU